ACUGAAAUGAUUGUCUGUGAACUUGUGUGGAUGGCUAGCUUAUGGCUGUGGUGGGAAAUCUCGAAGAAGGCAGAGAGUUUCGCAGAACGAGAGAUUUCAGUGCUGAGACAUACGAGCUUGGAGUCACACGAAGUCUCUGGGCUCAAGACGCGCGCAAUUCAGAAUCAACUUCGGGAAGAGUGUUGCUUUUUUAGUGGAAGAAGUCAUCUGAACAAUUUCCAGAAUAGAAAAAAAACUGUCUCUCUCACACAUACGACUGAUUAGGGAAAAAAUAACACCUGUACUAAGUGAUAAGACAACGUCCUAUAUGAAUCUCGCAAUCGCAGAUGUCGGACUUUGCGAUUGUGUAUGGCGCCAAUUGAGCAUUCCACCCACAUCGUAAAUUGUUACACUGCGGGCAAAACUCACAAGAGAGACAUCAGAAAGCCAUUGAGUGAUCAUUUGGCAUGGGACAAAGGCUGUAAGAAUCCAAAUUGCCCUCUCGAUCAUGCUGGGAUUGGAGCCAAUUUGACUGCCAGAAGCAACUAAAGAGUGCCUAAUGUGUGAAUUAUUGAUCAUAUUUUGCGAUAAAACGCGCAAAAUACUAUAUCAAUCAGCGUGAAAAAAAGUGUCAGAAGAACCAAUAAUUUUCGAGAGACUUGAUGUGCAAAAAUUGUGUAUUUUAAGCCCUCCUUUUAUUAAAAUAUUGCUGAAUGGAGGCUGAUCCCAAGACAGUGGUGUUGUGCGAUGUGCAACAUUAAUUUGCAAUUGUGCGGCGCUCAAUUUACGCCCACGGACGCUGAUUCAGUUGAGAAAGAGCCACGCGCAGUAAUAUGUUAAUUUUGUGGUGGAUUUGAGUGAUAAGGUGACAAGCGUGACCAACAAUCAACACAGAAAAUACAAUGGACAGGAUUAUCUGCAGGAUAGUUCUAUUAAACUUCUUCCUCUACUUUACAACUGCCGUCAAGGGAAAUCAGACAACACAUGUUCAAUCAGAGCGAUCACAUCUCCGUGAUGCCAUCAGUCAUGAUCCCGACUGGCCAGCUCCACAUCACCUGGCCAAUGAUCUGAAGAGUGUUCAACAUGAUCUUCGUGAUCUCCAUCGAGAAGGUGUAAGGCUGUCGGGACGGUCACGACGCUGGAGUCACAGAAGACGAUUGGGCGGCACAGACUUCUCACCAUGGUCCACUUGGUCACAUUGUGAUAUUCAUUGUAAGCAGAAACGCGAACGUUUCUGCACGAAUCGCAGAAAAUGCCGGGGUACACGACACCUUGAGGAGCGUCGAUGUCGACGAUGUUCUCCACGGAGUGGUCAAUCAUUGAACACCCACGACGACAUCGACUACUUUGCGAUAAGCCAACCGAAAGAGAUGGCAAAAAAGAAGCUCCUUGUGAAAAUUGUGAAAAAGAAGGAUGAUCGUGGACGGAAGAGGAAAGGAAAUUCCACUGAGCACGAGACUACCUUUGAUGACAGCCUUUGGGAUAUUCCUGGAGAUCAUCAUCGAUCGCCAAAGGGCCUUGGUCAGGGCUUAAUGAAGCGCAUGGGGGAUAUCGUGGAUGAUGAUGAUUAUGCCUACGAAGAUGACCAAGUAGAGGAAGUGCCAUUAAAGAAGAUAGCGACACGUGGUCGCGAAAAUGCUGUGAUCAAUAUGCCGACGACGGGUCGGUUUCGUCGCGUGUACUCAAAGUGGAGUAAGUGGAGCAAGUGUACGGCCAAGUGCACAACAAGGCGCUUCAAGCGGUGUCGAAUCCCUGAGAUCUGUGGCCACGAGGUGCUGCGUGAAGUGGCCUAUUGCUACACCGAGGGCAGUUUCUGUGAACAGUGGAUCUCAUCACAGAUGCAUACUCCAUCGAGAUUUCCAGCACGAUCAGCUGCCCUUGCUCAAGAUCCAUUCUUCUCUUCUCGUCGAGAUCUCAAUUCAAUUGCCUCUCAUCCAACUCUACCCCCAAAAGAACAUCCCGAAUUCAAGCCACAGAACCUGAAAUGUGGAAUCCCAGCGAUCAGACCACGUAGAGACUACUUUAGAAUGCUGAAGAUCAUCGGAGGACGGAGUGCGAGGCGUGGACAGUGGCCCUGGCAGGUCGCUAUCUUCAAUAGAUUCAAGGAGGCAUUCUGCGGAGGAACACUGAUAUCUCCACUCUGGAUCAUCACAGCUGCCCACUGUGUCCGGAAGCGUCUGUACGUGCGCCUCGGUGAGCACAAUCUCGAAGUUCCGGACAGAACAGAAGUUGAGUACCGUGUGGAAUAUGCAAUUAAACACCCCAAGUACGACAAAAAGACAGUGGACAAUGAUGUGGCAAUGUUAAAGCUUCCCCGAGAGAUGAUUCCCUCCCCUUUCAUUGGAUUUGCCUGCCUUCCAGACAAGUUUCAGUCUCUUCCUGUGGGAGCCCAGUGCACAAUCAUUGGCUGGGGCAAGAAACGAGAUCAGGAUGAUGCAGGGACCAAUGUUCUCCAUGAGGCUGAGGUUCCUAUCAUUACCAACGAGGAAUGCAAGGCUGUAUACUAUGACUACACAAUUACAAAGAAUAUGUUCUGUGCCGGACAUAAAAAGGGACGGAUAGACUCCUGCUCAGGCGACAGUGGAGGACCAAUUCUCUGCAGAGACUACACCAAACCCCAUCACCCCUGGACAAUCUACGGUAUUACCAGCUUCGGAGAUGGAUGCGGCAAGAGAAAUAAAUUUGGGAUUUACACAAAAAUCCUCAAUUAUGUGGAUUGGAUCUGGUCCGUUGUGAAUUGUAACGGUGUUUGCAAGUAUCACAAUGCUGCUGAGACGAGAUACUAGUGGAGAUACCAUCUGCUGAGAAUUUUGCAUUUAGAAAGUCAUCUUCUACAUAAUAAUGUGUCAUUUUUGUACAUAAUUCAUGAAUUUUGUGUAGAAAAAAAAGCGAUAAUAAAUUUUGUGGUAAAA